GGGCCUUGUGAUUGGCCAAGAUCCCCCUUAGCGUCAUGGCGGUCCCGUGGGUUUUGUCGACAGCAACAAAACAAUCCUCUCAACGUUUACUUUGCCUCAAUUUUCUAACCAAGAACAAACUCUCACCUGCCUGUGGAAACGCCCAUCUAUACGACUUCUUUGUUUCCCCUCACGCUCCCCUAAUUCAUUGUACCCCAGGAGCUCUUCCCUCUAUCCCAACCGAACUCAAAACCAGGACCGUAUACCCCACCAUGGGCGAAUCUAGACAAGAGCUUCUGGCAUGGCUCAACAACCUGUUGCAGCUGAACCUUACGAAGGUUGAGCAGUGCGGAACGGGUGCGGCUCUCUGUCAAAUCUUUGACUCGAUCUUUAUGGACGUCCCCAUGUCCCGUGUGAAAUUCAACGUCAAUACCGAGUAUGCCUACCUUCAAAAUUUCAAGGUCCUUCAAAACGUGUUUGCUCGCCACCAGGUAGACAAGCCAGUCCCCGUGGAACAACUUACCAAAUGUCGCAUGCAGGACAACCUUGAAUUCCUGCAGUGGACGAAGAGAUACUGGGACCAACACUUCCCUGGUGGUGAUUAUGAUGCUGUUGCUCGUCGGAAGGCUUCGGGUGGUCCUGCUGCUGCUGCUGGCGGCUCUCGCGCAGGCGCAGCCUCGGCUGGAGCCACGCGGCGUGGCGCUACGCCUACCACUGCUGCAGCUCGCCCACGAGUCGCUGCAGCAAGCGGGCCUAACGUGUCUGCAUUGCAGCAAGAGAUCGCGACUCAGAAGGAAGCUAUUGCCGGAUUGGAGAAAGAGCGGGAUUUCUAUUUUGCUAAGCUCCGAGACAUUGAGCUGUUGCUGCAGAGUGCCAUUGAGGCAGACCCCGAGUUGGAGAAGGACGACGAUUCGUUGGUGAAACACAUUCAGGGCAUUUUGUACUCGACAGAGGAAGGGUUUGAGAUCCCAGCUGAAGAGGGUGCUGCGGAUGAACUGGAGACAUUCUAAUUUCCGGUCGAGAAACGUUUGUCCGUUUUUAAUACCCCCUCAUAGUAUGGCUAGCGUUUCGUGGGUGGUUUUGGCCCCUCUUGUUUUGAUUGGAUUUCCUGUUACUCUCCUAAGUUGGGUCCUCGGUCGAGUUGCCGGGGAGAGAGAGAGAGAGAGAGAGAGAGAG